GAAAACUACCUUAAUAUGAAGGAAAGCCCGACUUGCUUGCCAUGCGCUUUCAAAUUCGCAGUAGCAGGAAAAAAAAUAAAAAUGAGCCGUCUUUCUAAUUCGUUCUCUCUACUGGAACUCGAUGCCGAUGACGAUCGAGUAAAUAUCGCUUCCUCGUCCUCUUCAAAGUCUAAAUCAUCUAACAACAGAGGAAAGAGCAAGAAGAAAGUGAAUGACUCUAAUGUAGUGGUAGAAAAAGAGAAACAGAAUGAGGAGAAUUUGGUUACGUCUUCUUCAGAAGUUUAUAAGAUGCCGCUAGUGUGGAUUGACUUGGAAAUGACUGUUGUUUUGGUUGCAGGUUUGAAUACUGAAGUAGAUAGAAUACUGGAGAUUGCUUGUAUAAUAACAGAUGGCUAUUUGACCAAGUCAGUGGAGGGCCCUGAUUUGGUUAUCCAUCAAAGCAAAGAAUGUUUAGAUAGAAUGGGAGAAUGGUGUCAAAGACAUCAUGCAGCUAGUGGUUUGACAAAUAAGGUUCUCGGAAGCAAAAUUACUGAAAGAGAAGCUGAAAAGCAGGUUAUAGGAUUUGUGAAGAGACAUGUUGGUACACACACACCUCUUAUAGCAGGAAAUUCAGUUUAUGUGGAUCUUCUUUUCUUAAAGAAAUACAUGCCAGAUUUGGCUGGUCUCUUCUCUCAUGUUGUCGUUGAUGUUAGCAGUGUCAAGGCUUUGUGCAUGCGCUGGUAUCCUCAAGAUCAGAGGAAGGCCCCUCAGAAGGAAAAUAAACAUAGAGCCUUGGAUGAUAUCAGAGAAAGCAUAAGGGAACUCCAAUACUACAAGGAAAAUAUGUUUAAACCAAAGUCUAAGAAGUGAUGUGAAAAGGCACUGCAUGCAUUCCUUUGUGCAGGCGCUCUUUCUGCAGCACCCCGCACACCAUCGCCAAUUUUUGCCAAAACUGCCUCUCGGUUGUUGUAGAAGGUGCUCGUAAUUUUAGCUGAAAUGCUCAAACUUUUGAAUGUCCGUUAUCAUUUAAUCUCGAAGUAUGGCUGGCUUUAUGACAUUACAACACUUGCGUAUAUAUGAUGAAUUCAUGGUUAUGUUCUGA